AUCCUCUUCCGUCACAUGGAACCUCCACCGGUAGAGCAAGAGGAACAGCGAGUCCACCGACUCGACUCUCUCUCCGAACCGGACCUGAUUUCAACCAACUCAGGUGUAUCCUCGAUUCUCAUCUGGGAGGAUUCCCUGAGCACGACGAGCUCGGGCGAUAUCUCCGGCACGAGCGGGAGUUCCGGUGAGAUUUUAACUGCGGAGGCUGCGAUUCCCAGGUUGCUCGACCCUGCGCCUGCUUGUGAGGAGCUUGAUGUAGCGGUAACGGUGAGGGAGAAGUGCGUUGGGUGGAACAACAAGGGAGUGACAUGGGGGUUCACUUCUGUGAUCGGGAGACGGAGAGAAAUGGAAGACGCUAUCUCCGUUAUACCGGCGUUCAUGUCCCGCAAGUGCGAUCACGUCGGAGGAUGUACGGCUCCUGGUUCGAAAACCGCCGCGGAAAUCUCCCCUAUCCACUUUUUCGGUGUCUACGAUGGCCACGGUGGUUCACAGGUGGCUAAAUUUUGUGCUGAGAGGAUGCAUGGAGUGAUAGCAGAGGAAUGGGGACGUGAAGUGGUUGAUGACUCUGGGUGGCAGAGGAGAUGGGAAGCGGCAUUUUCCACUAGCUUUGAGAGAGCUGACAAUGAAGUCCACUCCACUGCAAUCGCACCUGAAAUGGUGGGAUCAACUGCUGUUGUUGCAGUUUUAUCUGGUUGCCAGAUUAUUACAUCCAAUUGUGGUGAUUCAAGGGCAGUGCUUUGUCGGGGAACUGAUACCAUUCCCUUAACUGUCGAUCAGAAGCCUGAUAGACAGGACGAGCUCAUGAGGAUUGAAAGAGAGGGAGGGAGAGUCAUAAACUGGAAUGGUGCUAGGGUAUUUGGAGUUCUUGCAAUGUCCAGAGCUAUAGGUGAUCGGUAUUUAAGGCCAUGGAUAAUUCCAGUGCCAGAAAUUACCUUCAUGACCAGGAAGAGUGAGGAUGAGUGUUUGAUCCUGGCCAGCGACGGGUUGUGGGAUGUGAUGAGCAACGAAGAGGCAGGGGAGGUAGCUCGCUGUGUACUAAGACGGCGGCGCAGGUAUUCGACAGCAGAUGGAGCUUCACCUGCUCAAGUAGUAGCCGAUAAUCUUACCGAAAUAGCAUUAGGACGCAACAGUUCUGAUAAUAUAUCAAUCAUCGUUGUCGAUUUAAAACCAAAUAGGAAACGCCAGCCAAGGCAGUGAACAUUGAAGGAGAAUAACCAUUCUUUCCUUCGUCAGUUAUACCACGUCUGCAAGCUUGGAAAAUGCUCCUUGCUGGUUCUUGAGCUGGGCAUAGGUACCUCGCUCCACCACCUUUCCAUCGGCCACAAAUGCGAUUGAAUCAACUUUUUUUAUUGUGUUAAGCCGAUGGGCGAUCACAACGGUGGUCCUUCCCAUCAUGAUUCGAUCCAAAGCUUCUUGGACUACUUGUUCAGAUUGCACGUCCAGAGCGCUAGUCGCCUCGUCUAGUAAGAGUAUCCUUGGGUUCCGAAUUAUAGCUCUUGCAAUGGCUAUUCUUUGUUUCUGUCCUCCUGAUAGUUGCACUCCUCUUUCUCCGCAUUCUGUUUUAUAUCCUUCCUUCAAUGCUCUACACAUCAAGGUUUAAUACGAAUCGCAGAAUUGUUAGCGUGA